UUCAAUAUUCAACCAUCAACACUCAUCCGAUGAGAGAGUUCCUGUUCCUUCCGCCGGCCAUUGCCUUUAAAUUUGGAGCUCCGUGGUUAAUCGGAGCAUAUUCUCGACGAUUCAACUCAGUUAACGAGUUCAGAGAGUAGGUUGAACAAUGGCGAUCAAGGCUUGGUUUAUGGACGAUAGCAAUGAAGACCAGAGGCUUCCUCAUCACCGAAACCCCAAAGAGUUCGUCUCCAUGAAUCAAUUGGCAGAAUUAGGCGUUUUGUACUGGAAGUUGAACCCUAAGGUAUAUGAAAACGAUGAGAAAUUGAAGAAAAUAAGAGACGACAGGGGAUACAACUACGUGGAUUUACUUGAUAUAUCUCCAGAGAAACUUCCCAAUUACGAAGGGAAAUUGAAGGAUUUCUACACAGAACACAUUCAUGCCGACGAGGAAAUUCGUUACUGUUUGGAUGGAAGUGGCUACUUCGAUGUCCGGGACAAGAGCGACCGUUGGAUUCGAAUCUGGAUUAAGCCCGGCGAUCUUAUCAUCUUGCCGGCCGGCAUCUACCAUCGUUUUACUCUGGACACCAAUAAUUAUACCAAGUUAAUGAGGCUGUUCAAAGGAGAGCCAAUUUGGACCCCAUUUAACCGACCACAAGAGCAGCACCCAGCAAGGAAAGAGUACCUCAAGUCCUUCACUGAGAAAGCUGGAGUGGCAGUCAAGGCUCAUUAAAGAUUUGUGUAUUCUUCUGUACUAUGUUAUUUAAUACAAAUCUAUGGGGUUUAGCUCAGGUUGUGUAUUGCUGGGUAUGGCUAAGAUUAACUACUGUAUAAAUAUGGCAGCUGCUGUUGAAACUUGGUUUAAAUAAAUGUCUGAACUUUAUAUUUAUGAAUUGAUCUUUUCAAAUAAAUUGUAACUUGAACCACAUUGGUAAAA